AUUUCGUGUGUAUAAUUUAAAGAAGAGUUACUUGAAAUUCUAGACUUGUAAAGUUUUGCAUUUUUGCGCGUGCACCUUUAAAGAGCUACCGUAGUUUUACAGUUUUAACCGGGAAUAUUUGAUUUUUCCCAAAUGUUUCGAUGAUUUUCGAGCUUUUUCGCUUCAUUUUUCGCAAAAAAAAAAUGCUCGGCUACCUUUCUGACCUAAUUGGCACGCUUUUCAUCGGAGAUUCCACCGAAAAAGCCAUGUCUCUGUCUCAAGACGCCACAUUUGUUGAGCUGAAACGCCACGUGGAGGCCAACGAGAAGGAUGCUCAACUUUUGGAGCUUUUCGAGAAGGAUCCAGCUAGAUUCGAGAAAUUUACCCGCCUCUUCGCAACUCCAGAUGGCGAUUUCCUGUUUGAUUUCUCAAAGAAUCGUAUCACUGACGAGUCAUUCCAACUUCUGAUGCGUCUCGCCAAGUCACGUGGUGUCGAGGAGUCCCGUAAUGCCAUGUUCUCCGCCGAAAAGAUCAAUUUCACCGAAAAUCGUGCGGUUCUCCACGUGGCACUCCGUAAUCGUGCCAAUCGGCCAAUCUUGGUCGACGGAAAGGACGUCAUGCCUGAUGUUAAUCGAGUUUUGGCUCAUAUGAAAGAGUUUUGCAAUGAGAUUAUUUCGGGCUCAUGGACUGGUUACACCGGAAAAAAAAUCACCGACGUUGUGAACAUCGGAAUCGGAGGAUCAGAUCUAGGACCACUCAUGGUCACCGAAUCGCUGAAAAACUACCAAAUCGGACCGAAUGUGCACUUCGUGUCGAACGUCGACGGAACCCACGUGGCAGAGGUCACAAAGAAGCUCAACGCCGAAACAACACUGUUCAUCAUUGCAUCAAAGACAUUCACAACUCAAGAAACAAUCACUAAUGCUGAAACAGCGAAAGAAUGGUUUUUGGCAAAAGCCGGAGAUGCUGGAGCAGUUGCUAAGCACUUUGUCGCACUUUCAACGAAUGUUACGAAAGCUGUUGAAUUCGGAAUUGAUGAGAAGAAUAUGUUUGAGUUCUGGGAUUGGGUUGGUGGGCGAUAUUCCCUUUGGUCAGCUAUUGGACUAUCAAUUGCUGUUCAUAUUGGAUUCGAUAACUAUGAGAAGCUUCUCGAUGGUGCAUUUUCUGUUGAUGAGCAUUUUGUGAAUACUCCAUUGGAAAAGAAUAUUCCAGUUAUUCUUGCAAUGAUUGGUGUACUCUAUAAUAAUAUCUAUGGUGCUGAGACUCAUGCUCUUCUUCCUUAUGAUCAAUAUAUGCAUCGAUUCGCCGCAUAUUUCCAACAGGGAGAUAUGGAGAGUAACGGGAAAUUUGUGACACGUCACGGACAACGUGUCGACUAUUCGACUGGACCAAUUGUUUGGGGAGAACCUGGAACUAAUGGACAACACGCAUUUUAUCAGUUGAUUCAUCAGGGUACUCGACUGAUUCCAGCGGAUUUUAUUGCUCCGGUUAAGACGUUGAAUCCGAUUCGUGGGGGAUUGCAUCAUCAGAUUCUUCUCGCCAACUUCCUCGCUCAAACCGAGGCACUAAUGAAAGGAAAGACUGCCGCCGUGGCAGAAGCCGAGCUGAAAUCAUCUGGAAUGAGCCCUGAAUCGAUUGCAAAGAUUCUUCCACAUAAAGUGUUCGAAGGAAAUAAACCGACAACUUCUAUUGUACUUCCAGUUGUCACACCAUUCACAUUGGGAGCAUUGAUCGCUUUUUAUGAGCACAAGAUCUUUGUUCAGGGAAUUAUUUGGGAUAUUUGCAGUUAUGAUCAAUGGGGAGUUGAGCUCGGAAAGCAAUUGGCAAAGGUUAUUCAACCGGAAUUGGCAUCAGCGGAUACAGUAACCUCACAUGAUGCCUCAACCAAUGGACUCAUCGCGUUCAUUAAGAAUAACGCAUAA